AUGUCGUCAGAACCGGAUCACGUUCACAGCAAACAGAGGGUACACCUCAAUGACGUCUCGGGCGCCGAAAAGAAGGAUGAGCUCGAUACUGCAACGGCCAUCCUCAAGAAGAAGAAGAAGCCCAACUCGUUGAUCGUGACUGAUGCGGUUAACGAUGAUAACUCCAUCAUCGCCCUCUCCAACAACACGAUGGAGACUUUGCAGCUGUUCCGUGGCGACACAGUCCUGGUCAAGGGCAAGAAGCGACGAGACACUGUCCUGAUCGUCUUGGCGGACGACGACCUCGAUGAUGGCAGCGCCCGCAUCAACCCACGGAGACAUCAUCACUGUCCACCCGUGCCCGGAUAUCAAAUAUGUGAGUAUCAGCCUAAUCAUGUGCCCCACCAUCGACCUGCUGCUAACCACUGCUCGUCCAUCCAGGCCAAGCGUAUCGCUGUUCUCCCCAUCGCGGAUACCGUCGAGGGUCUCACCGGCUCCCUCUUCGACGUCUACCUUGCUCCAUACUUCCGUGAAGCCUACCGACCUGUCAGGCAGGGCGACUUGUUCACAGUCCGUGGUGGUAUGAGACAAGUCGAGUUCAAGGUGGUCGAGGUCGACCCUCCGGAGUACGGUAUUGUUGCCCAAGAUACCAUCAUCCACUGUGAGGGCGAGCCCAUCCAGCGAGAGGACGAGGAGGGCGGCCUCAACGAGGUCGGCUACGAUGACAUCGGUGGUUGCCGGAAGCAGAUGGCUCAGAUCCGGGAACUGGUCGAGCUGCCUCUGCGCCACCCUCAACUCUUCAAGUCCAUCGGUAUCAAGCCCCCGCGCGGUAUCCUGAUGUACGGUCCCCCCGGUACGGGUAAGACUCUGAUGGCUCGUGCCGUCGCCAAUGAGACGGGCGCCUUCUUCUUCCUCAUCAACGGUCCCGAAAUCAUGUCCAAGAUGGCCGGUGAAUCCGAGUCCAACCUGCGCAAGGCUUUCGAGGAGGCGGAGAAGAACUCGCCAUCCAUCAUCUUCAUCGACGAGAUCGACUCGAUCGCGCCCAAGCGUGAGAAGACCAACGGAGAAGUCGAGCGUCGUGUGGUCUCUCAGCUUCUGACCCUCAUGGACGGCAUGAAGGCCCGUUCCAACGUCGUCGUCAUGGCCGCCACCAACCGUCCCAACUCCAUCGAUCCGGCCCUGCGUCGUUUCGGACGUUUCGAUCGCGAAGUGGACAUUGGUAUCCCUGACCCGACCGGCCGUCUGGAGAUCCUGCAGAUCCACACCAAGAACAUGAAGCUCGCGGAGGAUGUCGAUCUCGAAACCAUCGCCGCUGAAACGCAUGGUUACGUUGGCUCCGAUAUUGCCUCUCUGUGCUCCGAAGCCGCCAUGCAGCAGAUCCGUGAGAAGAUGGAUCUCAUUGAUCUUGACGAGGACACCAUCGACGCCGAGGUUCUCGACUCGCUAGGUGUGACUAUGGACAACUUCCGCUACGCCCUCGGUGUCUCGAACCCUUCGGCCCUUCGCGAGGUUGCCGUCGUCGAGGUUCCCAACGUCCGCUGGGAAGACAUUGGUGGUCUGGAGGACGUUAAGCGCGAGCUCAUCGAGAGCGUCCAGUACCCUGUCGACCACCCCGAGAAGUUCGCCAAGUUCGGUCUUUCGCCGUCUCGCGGUGUGUUGUUCUAUGGUCCUCCCGGUACUGGUAAGACCAUGCUCGCCAAGGCGGUGGCCAACGAGUGUGCUGCCAACUUCAUCUCCGUCAAGGGCCCUGAGCUCUUGAGUAUGUGGUUCGGUGAAUCGGAGAGCAACAUUCGUGACAUUUUCGACAAGGCCCGUGCUGCUGCACCUUGUGUCGUGUUCCUGGAUGAGUUGGACUCUAUCGCCAAGUCCCGUGGUGGUGCUGUCGGAGAUGCUGGUGGUGCUUCUGACCGGGUUGUGAACCAGCUUCUGACCGAAAUGGACGGCAUGACCACGAAGAAGAACGUGUUCGUCAUUGGUGCAACCAACCGCCCGGAACAGCUCGACGCUGCCCUUUGCCGACCUGGCCGUCUUGACACCCUGGUCUACGUUCCUCUGCCCGACCAGGCCUCUCGUGAGAGUAUCUUGAGGGCCCAGCUGCGCAAGACGCCCGUGGCUCCCGAUGUCGACCUUGCUUACAUUGCCAGCCAGACUCACGGGUUCUCUGGUGCUGAUCUUGGGUUCAUCACUCAACGGGCAGUCAAGCUGGCCAUCAAGCAGUCGAUUGCUGCGGAAAUUGAGCGCCAAAAGGAGCGUGAGGCUGCCGGCGAGGACGUCAACAUGGAGGAAGAGGAGGACCCGGUGCCGGAGCUGACCCGCGCUCACUUCGAAGAGGCCAUGAAGUCCGCUCGACGAUCCGUCAGCGAUGUUGAGAUCCGACGCUACGAGGCCUUUGCUCAGAGCUUGAAGAACUCGGGUGGCAGCGCCUUUUUCCGCUUCCCGACCGCUGAGGAGGCUGCCGGGAGCUCCGGACAGAACGGCUUUGGUGACGCGGGCAAUGAUGACAGCCUCUACGACUAA